CCACACCAAUUUUAUGGCAAAAAGAAGCUGGAAGGAUAUGGUACACAGAAAGGCAAACAAAAGAAAAGAAAUGAGAAAAGAACAGAAUGCAAGGCAGGAUGAUGAGGAGUAAAGGUUACACACAAGGCCGACUUAUAAAAAGAUCCUGCAACGGUAGCACCGAUGGAAUCACGAAGUCACUUCAACGACCAACAGCAUGUAUACAUCCCGUCUUAACGCGUUUUCCUCCCUCCUCCUGCAGGAAAUUGUUAACGCCCAAUCUCACAAGCUCGUUGGUUCUAUUUUCAUCGAACGGCACGCCUGGUGCAGGCAUGAAACUCAGCCAUCUCCACUUGCUGAACGGCUAAGCGCCUGCGCUUGCAGGCGCUGGCCAAUACCGCGGCUCUACAUGUAGUACUUGUAUGACAUGGGGCUUUUCUUAUUUCGGUUACAGAAUGAGUUUGUAAGAGUUUUGCGAUCUGCCUUGUCUGUUGGGGAUGCGGCACAAGGUGGGCUGAAGCCUUGCUGUGUUCUCUCGUUUUGCCUUGGAAGAGGGCAUUUGGUGGUGAGGCUGUGGUGUUGUAGCUACCAAUGCUGUGACAAUGAGACCCUCAUAACACCAACCCAACACCAUGCUCUCCUAAAACAAAUAAAAUACAGAUAGUAAAACUACAAAGACAAAUAGAGAGAGAGAGAAUGAAACCGAAAUCAAGCUUAAAUGUAUACGUG